CACUGAAGUAUGAAAGGCUCUUAUUUAUCCUGUCAGCUGGUUUUAAAUUCCACCAGCUUGUUCGUGGCUUAAACAAAUGUAAUUAUUAACUAGCCUUGGAAGUACUGGCAUAUGAGCGACAGUUUAACUGUUGCAUGCUUUUACUUUUUGAUGUACUUGCAUAAAGCAAUCAGAGAGUCAAAAUAUCACUGUUUUUGUAGAAUGUUGUUCACAGUGGUCCCAAAUGUCAUUGCAAUAGAUAAAAAAAUAUCAAAGCAUCAAUUAUUUCAAAGAAAGAGAGCAUACAAAUAAUGUCUAUAUAUGGAGUCCCAUAGACAGAGCGGGAUUUUUUCAAUAAGUUCUGCAUUCCCUUGGUGGUGGUGGGAACCAUUACUGUGGUAGACUAAGAAACCAUGGUUUUAAUACAGUAUACUGUUUCCAUAUAUUUACCAUGGUUUUACUUAAGAUUAACAAUAGUUAAUCUUGUAUUUACUAUGGUUUUAUUUGUAGUAAAACAUACUGGCCAAAUAAGCAGAGAGUGCGGGCGCUAAUGUGGCCUGUCUGCAGUCCUGGCCAUCUCCAAUUGAGAAUGUGUGGUGCAUUAUAAACGCACAAUACGGCAUGGGCAUCUGAUUUCAAAUCAUCUGAUUUGAAAUUACUGUACAUUUUCAAAAAAAAUUAUGAAAUUCACAAUGUGUAGUUGUAGUGCUUUCAAUAUAGCAAAGGGUGAAUAUAAUUUACAAAUCACUCCUUUUUGCUUUUAUUAGCAUUUUUCAUACUGUCCCAACUUUUUCGGAUUUGGGGUUGUAGAAAAUUCUCAGUUUAAUUCAUGUUUAAUUCAGCAUGUUUCUACAGCUUAACAGAAAAAAGUUAGAUACGCUUUGAAGGAUGAAACAUAAAUUUAAUAAAUAUACAAUUACAGGAUACAUGCUUUGUUAAUAUAUUUUAUGCAGUUAAGGUAUUUACAAGAAUAAAGGAUAUUUAUAUGAGAAAUACUAACCAAUGUAGCCUUUAGCCUUUGAGGUAUGGGUAGGUUUAGGAGUAGUGGUUAGGCUAGGGUUUAGGGAAAGGGUCGGGUUAGGUUAAGGAUUGGGGUAAGGUUAACAGUGUAACUACAAAUGUAAUUGAAUGAAGGUAAUUUAAACUGAAAACAAUGCAACAACACAGAGUGGUGGCCAAAAAUGUUGGCACCUUGAUGAGAAAAGAAGGCUGUGAAAAAUAUAUCCUUAUUGUCUAUCCUUUUGGUCUUUCAUUCCAAAUAUUUACAAAAAUCUAUCCUCGAACAGAUAUCAAACAAUUCUAAACACAACACAAGUUUGAUCAAAAAACAAAUAAUUUUGUCAAAUAUAUGUGUGGCACAAUUAUUGGCACCCUUUUAUUCAAUACUUUGUGCAACCUCCCUUUGCCAAUAUAACUGCUCUGAGUCUUCUCCUAUAAUGCCUAAUGAGGUUGGAGUACACAUGGCAAGUGAUCUGAGACCAUUCCUCCAUACAGAAUCUCUCCAGAUCUUUCAAAUUCAGAGGUCCACGCUGGUGGACUCUCCUCUUCAGUUCACCACACACAUUUUCUACGGGGUUCAGGUCAGGGGACUGGGAUGGCCAUGUCAGAACCUUGAUUUUGUGGUCAGUGAACUAUUUUUGUGUUGAUUUUGAUGUGUGUUUUGGAUCAUUGGCCUGCUGGAAUAUCCAACCACAGCCCAUUUUAAGCUUUCUGGCAGAGGCAAUCAGGUUUUGAUUUUUUAUUUGUUGGUAUUUGAUAGAGUCCAUGAUGCCAUGUAUCCGAACAAGAUGUCCAGGACUCUGUCAUAAUAACAGCCCCACAACAUUAAAGAUCCAUCACCAUAUUUAACUGUGGGCAUGAGGUACUUUUCCAUAUGGCUACCUCUAUGUGUGCGCCAAACUCAUCUUGGGUGUUUACUGCUAAAAAGCUCUAUUUUUGUUUCGUCUGACCAUAGAACCCAGUCCCAUUUGAAGUUCCAGUAGUGUCUAGCAAACUGAAGAUGCUUGAGUUUGUUGUUGGAUGAGAGCAGAGAGCAGCUUUUUUCUUGAAACCCUCCCAAACAACUUGCUGUUAACUCAGGCAAUCACCAUUCAAGUCCAAAGGAACACUGUCACAGCACCAGUUCAGGGCAGAGUGCAUUUUUCCGUGAAUAUCACAUUCAUUGAUAUUCCAACAGUCACAUGGAUGUUCAAUUCUGUAAACGAGCAGCAGAGCAUCGCAGUUUGGAUGCUCGGUGACUCUGCAAAUGUCACGCAAUUCUACGAGGGAAGAGUGCAAACUCAUCCCAGUGGUUCUCUCACGAUAUCGGACUUACGGCUUCAAGACUCUGGCUAUUACAUCAUCACUGUUACAGAACCAUCUGGGAACAGCAAAGAUGCAGGUCUGGUACUGAAUGUAACAGAGGUGCUGUAUGAGGAUAUACAGUAUUUGAUUGUAUCUGUCAUUGGGUUGGGGAUCCUGGCUGCAUUUCUCAUGCUGUGUAUGUGGCUCUUGAAUAAACUGUCCCGCUACAUCAUGGACUGGAGUGAAAAGAGACGUAUGCCUGAGUAUGAUGACACUGAACUACAGCGGCUGUGAAGAGCACAAACAUGUACACAGCAUCUAAUACAGGAAACAAUUUGUUUCUGAAUUAAAGGUGAAUGUCUGAGAUGAACGGACUUGUGUUCAGAGGACAAGUGAUUCAUUUCUUACUUUCGGUGAAGAACUUCACAUCACAAAGUCAGUCUUGCAUCUCUCUCAUAAUAUUCCAGAUGAUAUGAAUGCACAUGGACACUUCUUGAGGACAAGCAUAAAACUCAUUGUGUAUCGAUGUGUUGAGGGCAGGAUGUGAGGCACAUGAAGGCCCCGGGCCCCAGACACUUAGAGACUCAGACUCCUGAACUUCCAAUGUUUCCUGAUCAUGUAUGACUCAAACCGACAAGAAAACAAUGGACAAUGAAGGAACAAAUCCUUUCAUCACUACCUUACACUAACCUGAUUUUUAAUACCAUCCAAAUGCCAGGAGGGCCCCAUCCUCCAGCACCUUCAGGGGACAACUAACAUCCACGUCAACAUCACACGUAAGAGUGUUUGUUCUGGAAUCUGGAACACUAGAUAUCAAAUUUCACUCUCUAAUAAGAAAUUACAGAUUUACUCAAAAAUAAA